AUGGGUCUGCUUACGGGAAGCCGCCAACUCGAUGCGGCCGAUGCCCACAACUUUGGUGUGGAUUGGGUCAUCCACUACCAGUUUGAAGACACCGAUAUGCUGAAAGCCAUCGAGGAAUUCCGGGCCCUGAUCAAAGAUCUGCAGGAAGCGAAAUUACAAGUGCAAGUCCGCCCUGGCUAUGGCGCUUCGUUGUUACUCUGCAUCCGCGUCCCCCGCGACCACUUGGGAAAUAUGGUCUAUAAAUCUCGAGUGAAGGAUUGGCUGUACGGGAUCAUCCACGAACUCCCCAUCGGCGACGAGCAUACCUCGAUCGACUCCGAAACGCCCGCCGAAGAACUCCGAUCCGUAUACCACGCCGUCACUUGGUCCAAGGCCCUGGGCGGUGCGGCCGUCACCGCGCAAUUAGGCCAGUGGAAGAAUGUGGCCAGCACCUUUCCAUUGCAUGAUCCGACCGCCAACGCCAACUUGUUGCGCAAGUGGAGUCAAACGCUACUGCUGAAUGCAGAGGAUUUGGAUGCGAUUCGGGCUUUAUAUGGGGAAAAGGUCGCCUACUAUUUCGCCUUCAUCCAAUGCUACUCAACAUUUUUGGUCUUUCCCGCCGCGUGGGGCGUCUUUACGUGGCUCUACCUCGGACCCUACUCCAUUACUUCCGCGGUGGUCAACUGCCUCUGGUGCAUCGUGUUUGUCGAAUAUUGGAAAAUCCGAGAAACUGACCUCAGCCUCCGAUGGAACGUCCGGGGCGUGGGUGCCUUGAAGGUGAAUCGCCCGCAGUAUAUAUGGGAUAAGGAAGUACGCGACUCCGUGACGGGUGAGACCGUCCGUGUCUUCCCGGCGCACAAACAAUUCCUUCGCCAGCUGUUGCUGCUGCCAUUUGCCUCGAUUGCCAGUCUCGCUUUGGGCUCAUUGAUUGUUGUAACAUUCGCCAUGGAAAUCUUGAUCGGGGAAGUUUAUACAGGACCAUUCAAGGAAUACCUCGAAUUCCUUCCGACCGUCCUUUUCUCUCUGUCACUCCCGUGGAUCAACAACACCUUGACAGACAUGGCCACCAAACUAACCGAUUACGAAAACUAUCGCACUCAGGACCAGUAUGAUAUUGCACAGACCACCAAAACCUUUGUGAUGAACUUCAUCACCUCCUUCCUCCCCACAAUCCUCACGGCAUUUGUCUAUGUCCCAUUUGGCGCUCGAUUGCUGCCGUAUCUCGACGUGAUCCGUGUUGGAAAGUUGGCAACCGCGUUCGACACCCGCCGAGUUCAUAUCGAUCCCUCCCGGUUGCAGCAGGAGGUCAUUUAUCUCUCGGUGACAGGGCAGGUUCUGAACUUUGGUGAGGAGGUUGUGCUGCCCUAUGUGAAGCGAGUGGUCAUGCAGAAGUGGCGCGACUAUCGACAAAAGAAUGUGCCGGCAGGACAAGGGCGUCGUUACUCCUACCGAACCGACCAGCUAUUGAAUGACAUCCCGGGUGAGGCAUCCUUCCUAUCAAGAGUCCGUAACGAGACGGAAGCCGACGAAUACAACGUUCAUGACGAUACACUGGAGAUGUGUGUUCAGUACGGGUAUCUGGCACUCUUUGGCGCGUCAUGGCCGCUGGUACCGCUCGGCUUUCUUCUCAAUAACUGGCUGGAGCUCCGGGGAGACUUCUUCAAGAACCUUGUCCACCGCAGCAUCGUGUACCUAUACCGUGGUGGCAUGGCUGACAUCCGUUUAUCUACGCUCCUGUUGAUCCUCCUUGCCGCGGAAUGGGCGUAUCUGGGGCUCCGCUUCGUCGUACGGACGGCUGUGGAGAAGAUCGCCACAGGCUCGCUUCGAAAGGAGGCCGCCAAACGAUACGCGCUUCGCAAGAACUAUUUGGACUCACUCACACGCAGUACGUCUCCGAAGGGUCGACAACGCGUCCGCUUCGAAGAUCGUGUCAAUGUCUAUACCACGGGAACGGAUGUCAAAACCAACUCUCAGGAGUUCCUGCACCCCGGCCAUCAUGAGACAUCGAGUGAGGAGGGAUUCUGGUCUUGUCCCGCCCACGACACCGCGGACGCCGGCGUUCGGUUGAUCAAAGCCCUAUGCAUGGGCGAUCGGGUACAAGCAGAGAGUAAGUCCGAGAAAAUGAAAAAGGGUGCAUAG